AUGGCCGCCCUCAGCGCGCAAACCUUCACUCCAGCCGAGGAAACAGAGGUCCAGAAAUGGGUCGCCACCUCGGAGAGCAUCCGUUCCGGUGCCGACGGCAACAACGCGGGCCACCUCGACGCCCUCAACGCCCACCUCGCCACGCACACCACCAUCCUUGGCAGCAAGCCCUCCAAGGCUGACAUCUCCCUCUACGAGACGCUCGCUCCUGUCGUCGCCGCCUGGUCCCCCGACGAGCGCACCGGCGAAAAGGGCCGUCCCAACAUUGUCCGCCACCUCGACUUUGUCCAGAACUCGCCCCUGUUUGAGCUCGCCGUCAAGAACAAGGUCGCCGUCGACCAGGACGACAUCCGCUACGUCAAGCCAGUCGUCGACGCCAAGGCCGAAAAGGAGCGCAUCAAGAAAGAAAAGGCUGCCGCCGCUGCGGCCGCGGGCGGUGCCGGUGCCGCGGGCGCCGUGGCUGCCACUACCACCGACCUCGUCGACCGCACAAAGGAAAAGGUCAAGGAGCUCGCCGAUGACGCCAAGGAGGCCGUUGCCGGUGGCGACAAGAAGCAGCAGAAGAAGGAGAAGAAGGAAAAGGCCCCCAAGCAGCCCAAGCCCCAGCCGGCCGCCGCGCCCCUGAGCCCCUGCCUGAUUGACCUCCGCGUUGGCCACAUUCUCAAGGCCAUCAACCACCCCGACGCCGAUUCCCUCUACGUCUCGACCAUUGCCAUGGGCGACAAGCCCGGCGACGACACGACCGAAUACGAGGGUCAGGUGUGCCGCACCGUGUGCUCCGGCCUGAACGGGCUGAUCCCGCUAGCCGAGAUGCAGGGCCGCAAGGUCAUCGUCGUCUGCAACCUCAAGCCCGUCAAGAUGCGCGGCAUCAAGUCGUGCGCCAUGGUCCUCGCCGCCUCGCCCCGCCUCAAGGAGGGCGAGGUCGACGACCACAAGGGCCCCGUCGAACUCGUCGCCCCGCCCGAGGGCAGCAAGGCCGGCGACCGCGUCUUCUUUGAGGGCUGGAAGGGCGAGCCCGAGGGUGUUCUCAACCCCAAGAAGAAGAUUUGGGAGACGUUCCAGCCUGGUUUCACUACCACUGACUCCCUCGACGUCGUCUUUGACGCGUCCGCCGUCGAGGUACUCGGCAAGAAGGACCUGGGCAAGCUUGUUACCGAGAGCGGCGGCGUAUGCACGGUCCAAACUCUGAAAGGGGCUACCGUCAGGUAA